AUGCAAUUUGGUUUGACCGUUAUCAAACCCCUGGAUCAGACUGGUCAAUUGACCAAUUAGCACAUGUAGUUUUAAGUUACCGUGUAAUUUUAACUGACUGCAGUAUUUUUAAUGGAUUCUUCUUCAUUAAAAGCAAUUUGCAAUUCUUUAUUGCAAAACUGCUUGAAACUCAUAAUUAUGACUCAAACACGGAGGACAAUGAUUUUAUACAUUGUGACAAGGCCACGAUCUAUUUACUUUAUCAAUGCCUCAAAGAUGUAUUUUGUGUUGCUUCUGACGAAAUUCCCAUGAUUCUAUUAAAGGCAACUUCAUUGGUUGAUUACGCUGUAGAAAAGCUGCACGCAUAUCCAUACAAAGAUGUGCCGAUUUCUUGGAGAGGGUUGUAUACCGACGCCAGUCUGUUAAAAAGUGUGUGCGAAAUUUUUUUAGUACCAAAUGUUGAGGAUAAAAACUCAUGGAAACAAGUUAUAAAGACUUUAGAUAUGGCUUUUGUGAUGACCGGUGCGCCUGGAAAUGGUAGGAAAGAAAUGCUUUUUAAUCUCAUUGAAGAAACAGAGAAAAUCUUGAGAAAACUUGAACAGAUAAAUUACCAACAGAGCAUUCAAUUUACGUCGCCUAAACGUACUAUGGAUGACAAUUAUAUAAAAAAUACAGCUCAUAAAAAGUCUAAAACUCAAAAUUCUGUUAUCCG